CAUUUGUUUAGGCAGUAGGGAGUUUCUGCUAGGGUCUGGAUUGGAGUUACACAGACCGGACCCUACGUGUAUGAUCGAGGACAAAAACAGGAUUCUCCUUGCCUCAAAGAGUCUACAUGUCUAAUAUUUAGACAUGUUCAGCUUUGUGGAUAUCCGGUUAGGGCUGCUGCUCGCCGCAGCGGUCCUCGUUGUGAGAGGACAAGGAGAGGAUGAUAUCUCAUUCGGUAGCUGCACAUUGGACGGUCAGAAUUACAACGACAAGGAUGUAUGGAAACCCGAGCCCUGCCAGAUCUGCGUCUGCGACAGCGGGACGGUCAUGUGCGACGAGGUGAUCUGCGAGGAUACAUCAGACUGUGCCAAUCCAGAGAUUCCCGACGGAGAAUGCUGCCCCAUCUGCCCCGACGAACCUGAACCUACACCUCCAGAUGUGGGUCCUGUUGGUCCACCUGGAGACCCAGGUCCUCCAGGGCCUCCCGGCAGAGACGGUAUUCCUGGAGAGAACGGACUCCCUGGACCUCCUGGUCCUCCUGGAACCUCUGGCCUCGGUGGCGGAUCUUUCCUUUCCCAGAUGGCUUACGGCAGUGAGAAAUCCAGCGGCCCUGCUCUCCCCGGACCACCUGGCCCCAUGGGUCCCCGUGGCUCCGCUGGACCUCCAGGUUCACCUGGCCCUCAGGGAUUCACUGGCCCCCCAGGCGAGCCUGGUGAGCCCGGUGCUCCUGGUCCAUUGGGUUCUCGCGGUCCUCCUGGCCCUCCUGGAAAGAAUGGAGAGGAUGGUGAAGCUGGCAAAGCCGGUCGUCCCGGUGAGCGCGGUGCCGCUGGGCCUCAGGGUGCUCGUGGAUUCCCAGGAACCCCUGGACUCCCCGGCAUCAAGGGACACAGAGGUUUCCCCGGUCUAGAUGGAGCUAAGGGAGACACUGGACCUGCUGGACCUAAGGGAGAGCCUGGUGUUCCUGGUGAGAGCGGUGUUGCUGGUGUCAUGGGUCCUCGUGGUUUGCCCGGUGAGAGAGGUCGCCCUGGUCCUCCCGGCCCUGCUGGCGCCCGCGGUAAUGAUGGCAACACUGGUGCUGCUGGACCACCCGGACCCACUGGCCCUGCUGGUGCUCCUGGUUUCCCUGGUGGUGCUGGUGCUAAGGGAGAAACCGGCCCUGCUGGAGGUCGUGGUUCAGAGGGACCUCAGGGAGCCCGUGGUGAGCCUGGUAACCCCGGACCUGCUGGUGCUGCCGGUCCUGCUGGAGCUCCUGGUGCUGAUGGUGCCCCUGGUGCCAAAGGAUCUCCUGGUGCUGCUGGUAUUGCUGGCGCUCCUGGUUUCCCAGGUGCCCGUGGACCCGCGGGACCCCCUGGUCCUUCUGGUGCUCCUGGCCCCAAGGGAAACAACGGUGAUCCUGGUCUCCAAGGCCCUAAGGGAGAUGCCGGUCCUAAGGGAGAACCUGGCCCAGUUGGACCCCAGGGUCUCGCCGGACCUUCUGGUGAGGAAGGAAAGAGAGGAGCUCGUGGUGAGCCCGGUGGUGCUGGACCUGUCGGACCCCCUGGAGCCCGUGGUGCCCCUGGCAACCGUGGUCUUCCUGGUAGUGAUGGAGCUCCCGGACCCGGGGGCGCCCCUGGUGAGCGCGGUGCUAACGGACCAAUGGGACCUCAAGGAGCCACCGGAGAGUCUGGUCGCUCAGGAGAGCCAGGAUUGCCCGGAUCCAAGGGUAUGACUGGUGCCCCUGGAAGCCCUGGACCUGAUGGCAAAGCUGGACCUUCUGGUGUACCUGGACAAGAUGGUCGUCCCGGACCCCCUGGACCUGCUGGAUCUCGUGGUGCCCCUGGUGUGAUGGGAUUCCCUGGUCCAAAGGGAGCUGAUGGUGAGGCUGGUAAGGCUGGCGAGAGAGGUGUUGCUGGACCUCCCGGUGCUUUGGGCGCUCCUGGCAAGGAUGGUGAUGUUGGUGCUCCUGGUGCUCCUGGACCUGCUGGCCCAGCUGGAGAGAAGGGAGAGCAGGGAUCCGCUGGUCCUCCUGGAUUCCAGGGUCUGCCAGGUCCUCAGGGUGCUACUGGUGAGACUGGCAAACCUGGUGACCAGGGAGCUCCUGGUGAAGCUGGUCCUUCUGGUCCUUCUGGUUCAAGAGGUGACAGAGGUUUCCCCGGUGAGCGCGGCAGCCCUGGACCCGCUGGCCCGACCGGUCCUCGUGGAGCUCCUGGCUCUGCUGGUAAUGAUGGUGCUAAGGGAGAGCCUGGUGCUGCAGGAGCCCCUGGUGGCGUUGGUCCCGCUGGACUGCAGGGUAUGCCUGGAGAGCGCGGCGCCGGCGGUAUGCCUGGAGCCAGAGGAGACAGAGGUGAUGCUGGACCCAAGGGCCCCGAUGGAGCUCCUGGUAAGGAUGGUCUGCGUGGAUUGACUGGCCCUACUGGACCUUCUGGACCUUCUGGUGCUCCUGGUGAGAAGGGAGAGACUGGUGCUAUUGGACCUCCAGGACUGACUGGUCCUCGUGGUGCCCCUGGUGAGCGUGGUGAGGUCGGUCCUCCCGGACCUGCUGGUUUUGCUGGACCUCCUGGUGCCAACGGACAACCUGGUGCUAAGGGAGAGACUGGUGACAGCGGACCCAAGGGUGACGCUGGAGCUCCUGGACCCGCUGGACCCGUCGGAGCCGCUGGCCCACAGGGACCUGCUGGUGCUACUGGACCUAAGGGUGCUCGUGGUGGUGCUGGACCUCCUGGUGCUACUGGUUUCCCUGGUGCUGCUGGUAGAGUCGGACCCCCAGGUCCUUCUGGUGCUGGCGGACCCCCCGGCCCAACCGGUGUUGCCGGCAAAGAAGGACAGAGAGGUGCCCGUGGUGAGAGAGGACCCGCUGGUCGCCCUGGAGAGGCCGGUGCCGCCGGACCCCCAGGACCCUCCGGAGAGAAGGGUAGCGUCGGUCCCGACGGCCCUGCUGGUCCCGCUGGUUCUCCUGGACCUCCUGGUGUUAUUGGAGCCCGUGGUAUUGUUGGUCUUCCCGGACAAAGAGGAGAGAGAGGUUUCGGCGGUCUCCCCGGACCUUCUGGAGAGCCAGGAAAGCAGGGACCCACUGGGCCUGUAGGUGAGCGUGGACCUCCUGGACCCAUGGGACCUCCUGGACUGGGUGGAGCUCCUGGUGAGGCUGGACGUGAGGGUAACGCUGGACAUGAUGGCGCUCCUGGCCGUGAUGGUCCACCUGGACCAAAGGGAGAUCGUGGUGAGACUGGCAACUCUGGUCCUCCUGGCGCCCCUGGUGCUCCUGGAGCUCCUGGCCCCGUUGGUCCAUCUGGCAAGACUGGUGAUCGUGGAGAGGCUGGUCCCGCUGGUCCCGCUGGUGUUUCCGGUCCUGCCGGUGCUCGUGGUGCCCAAGGUCCCGCUGGUCCACGUGGAGACAAGGGUGAGGCUGGAGAGGCUGGAGAGAGAGGCAUGAAGGGACACCGUGGCUUCACUGGAAUGGCUGGAGUUCCUGGACCUCCCGGAGCCCAUGGUGACCAAGGACCCGCCGGACCAUCUGGCCCUGCUGGACCUCGUGGAUCUGCUGGCUCCAAUGGCCUCCCUGGUAAGGAUGGUAUGAAUGGUUUGCCUGGACCCGUCGGACCUCCUGGACCCCGUGGUCGCUCUGGAGAAAUGGGACCUGCUGGUGCUCCUGGUCUUCCUGGACCCCCAGGUCCUCCUGGACCCGCCGGCAUCGGCGAGCCCUUCCUUCCCAUGCCCCAGGGCGAGAAGGGUCCAGAUCCUCUGCGCGGAGGCUACAGAGCCGACGACGCUAGCGUUCGCGACCGCGACGCUGAGGUGGACACCACCCUGAAAUCUCUGAGCCAGAAGAUUGAGAACAUCCGCAGCCCCGAAGGAACCCAGGCCAACCCCGCCCGCAUGUGCCGCGACCUCAGGAUGUGCCACCCCGAAUGGAAGAGCGGUUCCUACUGGGUGGAUCCCAACCAGGGCUCUCCUCUGGAUGCCAUCAAGGUCUUCUGCAACAUGGAGACUGGUGAGACCUGCGUCAGCCCAUCUCAGAACACCAUUCCCAUGAAGAACUGGUACACUAGCAAGAACAUCAGAGAGAAGAAGCACGUCUGGUUCGGAGAGUCCAUGCCCAAUGGCUUCCAGUUCCAGUAUGGCAGCGAUGGCUCUGAUCCAGAGGAUGUUAACAUCCAGCUGACCUUCAUGCGCCUGAUGUCCAACGAGGCCUCUCAGAACAUCACCUACCACUGCAAGAACAGCAUCGCCUACAUGGACGAGGCCUCAGGCAACCUGAAGAAGGCUCUGCUCCUGCAGGGCUCCAACGACAUCGAGAUCAGAGCGGAGGGCAACAGCCGCUUCACAUACAGAGUCAGCGAGGACGGCUGCACGUCACACACUGGCACAUGGGGCAAGACAGUCAUUGACUAUAAGACAACGAAAACAUCUCGUCUGCCAAUCAUUGAUAUCGCUCCUAUGGACAUUGGUGCUCCCGAUCAGGAAUUCGGCGUAGAAGUUGGCCCAGUCUGCUUCUUGUAAAAAGAAAAAUCUGGACAUGACUUUGCUGUUUUUUUUCUAGCAGUCAUCUUCAAAUCUUUUCCUGUUCAUAAAAAAAAGCCCGAACUCUCAUUCGGCUGCAAUCGGUCCAUGCGCUUAAACCUGAAUUUUCUGAGGACGGUGCGAUUCCCAUCUCGAGAAACGUUCUCGAACCCAAAUUGAGGACCACUACAUCAGCCAGCAUCACCACCAUCAUGGACACUUAGUGAGAAUCGUUUGCGUCAGCUGACAACAAGAAAAUAAUAUAUAUCCUUGUAAAACGCCCCGCCCCCGGAGUCCAAAGAGAAACGACCACCUGGUGACUUUUUGUGCCGUUUUUGUGACCACUGCAAAAGGACAAUGAGAAACAAGCAAAUGCUAAUGUACCAUUCUCUGGUGUUGAAUAAAUAUGACAAACGACAGCCGAGUGUCUUGUUCCUUCCGAGCGAACGUGAGAAAACCUCACUAAACAUCACACAGGGAACAGGGUUAGCUCAAUGGUACAACGUCAUCUUGAUAUAAAGGCUACCUCAGGACAAAAAAGUGCAUGUACGAAGAUUUUGGGGGGGAAAACGAGGGCGAGCGAUUAGUAACCGGUAUGAAAAGGUGCUACUUCCUCUCCGGGUCCUGUGUGUGUUUGUGUCCAGAAAACGAAAGCGUUCUUCUUUUUUUUUUUAAUACUGUCACUCGCAGGGCCGUUUUGGUGCUAAAUGUCAACAGAAUGUCUUGAUGUCAAUGUGAUGCAAUUGCUCUUAUCCAAGUGUCAGCAGGCGAGGAGAGUAAAACAGCUGGAUAGGUUGGUUACUGUAGAUUUGCACUUCAUCUGAUGUAGGUUAGGUGGAUGGACUGAUUGCCAGUUCGUCUCAUUUCCGUUUCCCGUUUCUAGAGAAGUCUUAUUUUUGUCUGUACAUGCCGCUCCCCCCGUUUCCAGAUUUUAUUUCUACUUUCCAAAUGCAAUGCACAUCUCUUCUCUAUUUUUGUUUUCGUUUGUUUGAUUUGUUUUCAGUGAAAGGUUUAUCACAAAAACUGAACUGAGGCGGCAAAAGAGAAAAAAAAAACAGAAGAAAUAAACCCUCCAAUGGUUCCAACAAAGGAUCUGUACUUAUUUUGUACAUGUAUAGUAUUUCGAGAUGUUUUUAAUUAUUUUGGAUGUUGAAAUAAAGCAUGUUUAUGUGGUCAA